AUGCCUCCGAUAUCACACGAGUCUAGGUAUCCUCUCGAUGCAAUCAAGCGACAAAAUUCCAGGUUUCGUCGAAUCUGUCGCCUCCCCAAUUUGCCUUUUCAUUAACAGUGACGAGAUUGAUUCCAAAGUAUUCUCUAGCCAAGGCCAUAACGGCUGUGAGCUUGGAGGUUUAGGGUUUAUAUCGUUCGGCUGAUUUACCUACUGGGUCUGGAUAGUGUGGAGAAUUUGAGGAGUUCUAGUGCAGGAUUGUUGUGAAUUUCAGUUGGCUAUGGAGGAUGCGGCUGUGGAAAGUUUGGUGCUGGCUCUGCACAAUGUGGAGGCGGUGAAGUUCGGCGAGUUCAAGCUGAAGAGCGGGAUCACGUCGCCCAUUUACAUUGACCUGCGUGUGAUUGUUUCAUAUCCUGCACUUCUGCAGCAAGUCUCAGAUUCCGUGUGGGCGACCGUUUCGGGCGUGGAGCAGGAUGUGAUUUGCGGAGUGCCGUAUACGGCGCUGCCUAUCGCUACCGCGAUCUCGUUAAAACAUGAUGUGCCCAUGGUGAUGCGGCGAAAGGAAGUGAAGGAUUACGGCACGAAAAAGGCUAUCGAGGGGUUUUUCACGCCCGGGCAAAAAUGUUUGAUCAUUGAGGAUUUGGUGACAAGCGGGGCGUCUGUGCUGGAGACCGUGGAGCCGCUGAUGGCGGCCGGGUUGAAGGUCCAUGAUGUGGUUGUAUUGAUUGAUAGAGAACAGGGAGGUCCUCAGACGCUGCAGAGACAUGGGCUGAGAUUGCAUGCGGCGUUGAAAUUGACGCGAAUUGUAGACGUGCUUGUGCGCCAUGGAAAAUUAACUGAAGAAGUCGCUGCUUCUGUGGGUAAAUUCCUGGCUGAGAAUCAAACUACUGUGAGCAUUCCCCCUAUUGCACAAACCCCUGCGAAAUUGAGACGGAUGCCGUUCGGCGAGAGGGCGUCCCUAUCCACGAACCCUACCGGGAAGAAGCUUUUCCAGUUGAUGGACAGGAAAAAGAGCAACUUGUCGGUUGCGGCUGAUGUGAAUACGGCCAGGGAGCUUCUAGCGCUGGCUGAGAUUGUUGGCCCAGAGAUCUGUGUGUUGAAAACGCACGUUGACAUCUUGCCAGACUUCACCCCAGACUUCGGCAGCAAGCUUCGUGAAAUUGCUGACAAGCAUGACUUUUUGAUCUUUGAGGAUCGCAAGUUUGCAGACAUAGGGAACACGGUGACCAUGCAAUACGAGAGUGGCAUUUACAAGAUAGUGGAUUGGGCGGACAUCACCAAUGCUCAUGUUGUGCCAGGUUCAGGAAUUGUGGAUGGUUUGAAGCUGAAGGGUCUGCCUAAGGGGCGCGGGCUUUUACUCCUCGCAGAGAUGAGCUCUAAAGGCACCUUAGCCAAGGGUGAGUACACACAGGCGGCUGCUAAAAUUGCAGCAGAUCAUCCUGACUUUGUCAUUGGAUUCAUCUCAACUAACCCGGCUGCGUGGGUGGGAGGACCCGGGAGCCCGGCGUUGAUCCACAUGACUCCUGGCGUCCAAAUGAGUGCUGGUGGAGAUUCUCUUGGCCAGCAAUACAACACUCCUAGCUCCGUGAUUGGGGAAAGAAGUAGCGACAUUAUCAUUGUGGGACGAGGCAUCAUCAAGGCUGCCGAUCCUGCUGUAGCUGCGAAGGAGUAUCGCAAAGCAGGGUGGGCAGCUUACGAGGAAAAUCUGUAAGGUUAUAGGAUUUAAGUCCAGUUUGUAGGAUUUUAUAAUGUUAUUCUUCUUACUCGAAUUGUCACCAGGUAUGCAAUAUCCGCACACUGUCGGUAUUCACUAAUGUGAAAGGGUGCAUAGGAUUUUUUUGGGGGUCUGGAGCAUCGUAACUGGGGCAGAUAUUAGUCGCUUUAGAUUUCAUUAGCUCAACUUGAAUUUGUGUACGUGAAAUCGAGAAGUCCCAUUUCGUUUUGAGCCAAGGAUUGGGUUGCUACCUGUUUUUAUCACAGACGUAAGAAAUGACAGCAAUGUUUAUGUGGAGAUGUGUUCGGCGUUUUCAGAUAUAAACUUAAUUCUCUGCAAAGAUGGACAGUAGGCAAACCAAGUUCUGUCCUUUGGGAAGUCUUUUGAACGUUGACAGAA